AUGUCCAACGCUGAUAACGGCACCGCCGAUGGCGACGUGCCUCCCGAAGAGGUAAAAGUGGACAAAUGGGACGGAAAUGCUGUGAAGAACUCGUUGGACGACGCCGUGAAGAAGGUGUUGACGGACUCGGACCGCAAACUGGGAUACACUGAGAACCACGUGUUGGUCGACACCCGGCUCGGCAUCUGCCUGACGGCGGUGGGCGCCGCCAUGUUUGCGCUCGUCUGGGAUUACCUCAACCCCUUCCCACUCUCCAAACCGGUGCUCAUCCUGUGUGUCGUCUCGUACUUCAUACUCAUGUCUAUUCUCACCGUUUAUACCACUUUUGUCGAGAAGGGUAUCUUCUUGAGGGCCACCCAGUCCGACCCCACCGGCGUCGACAAGCCUAAG